CAUGCUGUAUGCUGUGUGUGUAUGUUGUGUUCUGUAUGAGACACGUUGUGCCAGUGUCGGGGCCGCGCACAGCUGCCUAUCGGGAGCGCGCUCUUAGUUCCAAACACAAACAUUCGGAGGCGGCGGGUUCCAGACCGCCAUCUUGUAACACUGACAGCCUUUAUCCUGGAGAGCUGAGCGGCCGCUCGGGCACAGAGCAGGACAUUACUCUGACAGGAAGGAAGACUGGGCAGACGGGUUAGGGCACACCGAGGCUCUGGCGGAGACGGGUUUCCGGGUACCCUGGCACCAUGUCGGAGCCCGGAGAGGGAGGAGGGGGGCGGCAGGCCGGAGCUGGGCUGAGCAGAGCCAGGGGUGGCCGCAGGAGGGGGAGAAAGAACAAAGUGAGGGCCACCCCAUUCCCUACCCGACACCAUCAGCAUCACCAGACCCGAGCCGGGGAGCCGAACCGUGACUGUGCGCCACCGAGCUCGGGGACUGGGGACCCAGGCAGGACCACCCACUACCGACAGCUGCGGAGAGAGGUGGGUGCUGUGACCCUGGGGGACACUUACUGCAUCCCAGCACUCCCCCAAACAGUGACUGCAACCCAACAUUCCCACAAACGGUGACUGCACCCCAACAUUCCCAAACAGUGACUGCACCCAAACAUUCCCCCAAACAGUGACUGCACCCAAACAUUCCCCCAAACAGUGACUGCACCCCGGCACUCCCCCAAACAGUGACUGCACCCCGGCACUCCCCCAAACAGUGCCCGCACCCCAACAUUCCCACAAACAGUGCCCGCACCCCAACAUUCCCACAAACAGUGCCCGCACCCCGGCAUUCCCACAAACAGUGCCCACACCCCGGCAUUCCCACAAACAGUGCCCGCACCCCGGCAUUCCCCCAAAACGCACCCCGGCAGCCCUUUCUAAACGGCAUGCAGCAAAACUGCAUGCAUAUGAUCAGCACAGCUGAACAGCUUGAAAUGCAUGAAACUUGAUUGUAAACAUGCAUGCAACCCUGUAUCUCUAAGCCGCAUGCACUUAAUGCAGCGCAUGCCUAUGAACCAAUGCAUGCACCACUGUACCUCUGAAAUACCUGCAAACACCCCCAUAACUUUGGCAUGCUUGCAACAACACCUAUCUCAGACAUGUGAAUGCAUCAGCCCAUACAUCACAAUGUUAUUUUUUUUUUAUUUAUAUAGCGCCAUCACAUUCCGUAGCGCUGUACAAUGGGUCAAGUACAACUAUUUUUUACAAUGCAUGUGUUCACCCCGGUGUUCAGUUUUAUAACUUCUGCAUGCACAACUACAUUUCAACAUUUUGUGCCUGUGCCUCCACAUUUCGCCUAAGAAUGGGUGCACAUCUACAUGUUGGCACCCUGGACAUGUACCAUUUGUGCCUCUAAAUCCUACAAUACACCAAAGUUUACAGUUUGUUUUUAUUAUGAAAGCUUUCUGUUACAUGCAUUUGUAUUGUUGCCAUUUUACAAAACCAGUGUUCACUUCCCAUGAUAUCACUUCCAGUCUAGGUGUAUGAUGCAGUGCAGCUCUGCAUUUUCCCCUUGUACCUUUGUAGUGUACAUGCUGAAAUGUUCACCAUGAGACCUUGUAUUUGUUACUGUGUAUAACCUCAUUUGUAAGGUUGCCAUUCAACAUUAUAGUGUUGAUAACCUCUUUACAGUUCUAGCUGUUGUGCACUACACUUCCGUAAUGUGCAGUCCCUAUUUUAUCUUACACCCAUCUAUAAGUAUAUGGUAUGAUAUCUGUUAAAGCUGCCCUUGGAUCCUACCUCAUACCUGAGUCCAGUCAUAUAUUUUUGAUAUUGGGAGUGUGAUCAACUGUAGGCUGGAGGUGCAAAGAGGGUCUUUUUGUGUGUGCCUACCCAUAGCUCAUAACCCAAUAGAAUAGCAUUAUAGACACGUAAGCAGCUAUUGCUCCAAUCCUCCAAUUCAGCGCUUGUCAUAGUGAAGCACUGGACGUACACCAGGCUGCCAGUGUCAGGUGUUAUUAAAUAUAAAACAAUAUUACUUAAAGGGACACUGUAGGCACUCUUCUCAUUGAAGUGGUCUGGGUACCUAGUGCAUUUGGUGCUGCAAUGUUAAACAAUGGUCACAUUGCAGCACUAAGUCAGCCUCUAGUGCAGCAAUGGCGAACCUCAAUAACUCAUACUACCGCUGGGGAAUGGAGACUGGGCUCCCAAUUCCCUGCAAUUUACUCUGCUGCUGGGGGACAGGAGCAACUAUCUCUGUCCCCUGUAACACAGCCUGCCGCUGGGGAAUGGAGACUGGGCUCCCAAUUCCCUGCAAUUCACACUGCCGCUGGGGAUCUGAGCGGAUCGCCCAGCAUCCCUGUAGCUCACCCUGCCGCUGGGGAGGGAGGACACUGCUCUCCUCUCCCUGCAAGGUACACUGCCGCUGGGGAAAGGAGACACGGCUCUCUAUUCCCUGCAAAUCAAUCUGCUGCUGGGGAUCUGGGCUGACGUGUGAGCCUGCAGCCGUAGGCCACGGCGCCGCAAUUCCCCCAAUGCUGUCUCAGAGAUCUCACUCACCGGUCCACAGGCACAUUGCCGGCAGGGAAGGGAGGAGAUCCAAGAGCUCUAGCUCCACCAGGUCUCCACCAGGUCUGCUUUUGCGAGCACUGGGUGGUUUAAUGCAAGCGAGGCAUUUGCCGCAGAUGCGCAAUAUAGCCUGCUUGUCACGGUGGAGGAGCUUGUCCGGUGAUCAAAGCAAUUUCCCCCCAAUUCUGGCACACACACACACACUCAGUGACAGGCACAGACACACAAACAAUUUUUUUUGCUUACAUUUUGGAUUUUUCCCUGUGGUCCAGCGGGGCUGGGCUGGCAGGCAGUCGAGGAGACAGGGGCAGAGUUCAGGCAGAGAGGGAGCUCUGAUCCUCCUGCUCACUCGCGCGCACCUCUCAGUGAUGCCGGAGUGACGUCUUAUCCUUGCUUUGGCAUCACUGCGGUCAGGAGGGGAGAUGCCAGCCUCGGGGGGGUGAGGGGAGGGUCUUGUGGUGGCCAGCUCUCUGGUCCCCCAGGGCAAGAGGCUGGCAAGGCGCUUGGGGGUGUGUUUUGGUUUUUUUGCUCCCCCCGCCCCAAAGUGCCUUGUAAGCCUCGCGCUAAAUACUGCGCUGCAUUGAGUCACACACUCAUUUGAGUCAAUGCGUGACUGUGGAGAUUUUUAAUGAUGCUGGAUGUCAUCAUGCAGAGCGUCCUGAGUCCAGUAAUUUCCCAGAAGCGCCUCUAGUGGCUAUCAAGUAGACAUCCACUAGAGGCAGUCUUAGUGCUGCAAUGCAAACAGUUUACAUAAUGACACGUCUUUGUCAUUGUUCUAGAUUUAUUUUUGUUACUAAAUUAGCCAAUUGUUUUAGCUCUUAAAGAGUUACCUUUUUAUGUAAAUCUACUCCUCAUCCUGUCCAUGGCAUGAACACUAUCUUUUGGCAGUGUCAUGAGUUUUGCCAUGUGCCACAGUAAGCCCUAUACUCCUGAGACCUCAGUGUAUCAUCAUCAUCAUACAAUGCAAUGAACAGAGCUUGGUAGCAACUGGUUUUAUAGGCGUAAGUUGCCAUGUUCAAAAUAGCUUUUCACUAAAGUAUUAUGCUAUCCAUGCUAUUGCUAAUACAGUAGCUUAGCCAACAUUUUAGGAUCUAAAGUAAAAUCUGUUAUAUCUCUGUUAUUACUGGUUACUUUUAUGGGGGAGUUGAGAAAAAUUAAAAGCAUAAAAAUACUUCUGAGCCGUUACUGAAAUUUCCCUUUUUUUUUUUUUUUUUUUUAUAAUACAGGUAUUAAAAACGAAGGUAGUAAAGUCUGACAAAAAGUUAAAACAAUCUGAUAAGAGUAUCUCUUCCCACAGUCCUUCAACUCAGCGAUGUGAACAACGGAGCCUUCACAAACAGAAAGGCAAAUGUUAUAUUCAACACACAAAGUCCAAUUAUCCGAGAAAAACUGAAAAAUUUCAGCCAGAAUCAGAUAUCGCCAAUCAUUCAUUUCGAAGUUCAAAUAAGAAACCCUUAGCCAGUGCUGAAAAUCUAAGGAAUCUUAAAGCAAAAACUGAUUUCUUUCCCACAGGCCGAAUUGACAAGGAAAUAAAUUAUGCAGGAGCAAAAUUUAGUGAUCCUCCUUCCCCGAGUGUCCUUCCAAAACCCCCAAGUCACUGGAUGGGAAUGAAGGGUCAAGAGUCUGACCAGUGUAAGGAGCUCAUGACAUAUCAACUGAAAACCUUACUGAAAGUCCAGUUAUAAUCCUUCUACAAUCCACACAUUCACCUUAACUGAAUCUUGCAAAAACUCUGAACUUUCAUUUUUGUAAGAAAGUAAAUUUGAAUUUUACAUGUGUACAGAUGUCUAGUAUUAUAUUUUGUAUGGUUGUGUAAAUAGUGUACACAGUGUAAUAUGUGUAUAUCCAUGUUUAUACUCCAAGUAAAUUUUUAGUUUUGUUAUGAAACUAUGUAUUUUGACCUGACGAGCUGAGUUUUUUUAAAUGUAAAGUCAUAAUGCUAAUGUGCAGCAAGAUAAAAUGACUAUGAAAGACCUGCCUUUGAAAAUACUUGAGAUUUUUGUCAAUAUCCAGAAAGGAGAUUGCUAUUCAGCUACUACAGGGACCAAGAAUGAAUAAAAGACUACACUUUGUUUUGGAUCAGCUUUGCAGUGUUGCCAACGGAACUGCUAAAACUUGAUUUCAAAUUAAACAAAAAUAUUUCAGUAUCUCAUCCUACAAGUCUUUAUGGAACAGAACAGUCAAUUUUACUGUAUCUGACAGCACUGUUUUUUUUAUUUUAUUUUUUUAGUUUAGUUUUCUGAGCAAAAUUAAAAUUGGACUGAGUAUUGGCAUUACAGUCUUCUUAAUUACUAAUAAAAUUGUGAAUUAAUUUUUUUUUUUUUUAAACUUGCCACUGAACCUAUGAUACUGAAAAUCUUCCCCACUUACCAAUUGACUAUGUUAAAAUAAAUAUAAAUAAUUUGGCCUCCCCAAUAUGUCUGUGUGUCUUAUUUACAGUGUAAGGAUAGGGGGAAGGUGUUUAUUUAAACAUAUACUGAAUUAUAGAGAAUUGAAAAAAUUGACUAUAAAAUCUAAGCCAAAAUAGUAGAUAUAGAACUCCUCAGAAGGCCACUCUGUCCCCCUACCAACUUUUCCCUUGGCACCUUCUUUAAC